GGAGGAGAAGCUAGUUCUGGCGGCUCCCCAUUGGCCUCUUCCUGGGAGCCUGAGUCCAGGAAGCAGGAAGCGCUCGCUGGCUCUGAGGACAGAGACAUGGGCCCUGCUGGCUGUGCCUUCACGCUGCUCCUUCUGCUGGGGAUCUCAGAUAGAGAUUACCAUUCUACCCUUCAGGAAGCAGAAGUACCCAUUAUUGACCGCCAGGCUUGUGAACAGCUCUACAAUCCCAUCGGUAUCUUCUUGCCAGCACUGGAGCCAGUCAUCAAGGAAGACAAGAUUUGUGCUGGUGAUACUCAAAACAUGAAGGAUAGUUGCAAGGGUGAUUCUGGAGGGCCUCUGUCGUGUCACAUUGAUGGUGUAUGGAUCCAGACAGUAGUAAGCUGGGGAUUAGAAUGUGGUAAAUCUCUUCCUGGAGUCUACACCAAUGUAAUCUACUACCAAAAAUGGAUUAAUGCCACUAUUUCAAGAGCCAACAAUCUAGACUUCUCUGACUUCUUGUUCCCUAUUGUCCUACUCUCUCUGGCUCUCCUGCGUCCCUCCUGUGCCUUUGGACCUAACAUUAUACACAGAGUAGGCACUGUAGCUGAAGCUGUUGCUUGCAUACAGGGCUGGGAAGAGAAUGCAUGGAGAUUUAGUCCCAGGUGCAGAGAACUCACAGGAGAGCCACUGCUAACCCUGGGUGACUUUAUUUACAAUUUGAAAUGAUUUUGUUUUUAAGGUUUUUGAUUUUGGAAGUUUUGGGGUUGGAAUGUGAAGAGUUAAGAAAUAAAACUGCCACUUCUGU